GACCACGGGCUAGCAAUGUCAGUUAAGCUAGCCAGCUGUGCCAAUGCAAUGCUCACUUAUUAUUUUUCAAUUACCAUGUUGCUUCCUAUGGCGGGAAAGGGAGGUCUGGGUGUCGGCAUGCUGGAAAUGUGAUCUCGCGUUAUUGUGUCAUUGUUAGUACGGUACAUCUACACCAAGAUAUGAAACGUUGAUUUGAACCUUCUGACAAACUAGUGGGUCAGGCGGCGCCCAACUGUCUGAUUCAUAUCGCUUGAUUUCUAAUAAUAGUUGACAAUUAUAUCGACUGAUUGCAAUUGUAUCGCGUGCACCGAGGUGCAACCUAUGAAUAUGCUUUAAACAAAACACAAGUAUGCAUUUUGGAACAUAAACAACAUUUCCUCAGUUUGCCACUUGAAAUUACAAUUUGGAGGGUCGUUCUAGUGAAACUUCUCAGUCAGAACUACGAACUUCCGACACCUCCGACAGAACGACCCAAAUAUCUCACCUGGACAGGUUAAAUAAAGAACACAUUUGAAAAACGAACACCAUUAAUUUGUCUACCCUACUGCCUCUUUAAUUAACAAAAGGUCUCGAGAGUGCAUAGAUGAUCUAAAUAGCAUCAUCAAAGUAUAUACCAAACCAAUAAAUAUAUUUUUGAUAUAUAGACAAACAAUAGCAACUUGGCACGCGCAAAAUCUGGAGCGCAGCGCGUGGACAUUGUCUUGUGGAUAUCAGAAACGGAAAGGCACAACACCACGUGUGACAGCGAAAGACAGGGUUGACAGCAUGAUCAUGAACCGUGAAACUUUCCAAAACGUGGUGCAACCCAACAUGCCUUUGAGGAGGCCAUCAACCAGCCCAGCAGGUCUCGCUGCAACCCCAAGGGCCCCUGGCCCAACACCAGACCGGCCUCUAGCGAGCUCCAACGGGGAUGCCGAGGCCAGCCGAAAAGAAACCACUGUACUCACAACCGGCUCUAUGAAAACAGCCUCUAUGCCCCCAUUCACUGUUAAGUUGUGCAACUACUGCAGUCAGCAAGGUAACCUUCGCUGCACACGCUGCAAGAAGACCUGCUACUGCUCAGUGGCUUGCCAGUCAGAGGACUGGAAUGCACACAGGCACAUGUGCAAGCCCAGUACCGCGGAUACUCCCACAAGUGAUAAGCCAAAGGAAACCCCAGCUUCACCGAUGGGACAUGGGCAGAACCCGUCAGACUCCAAGGUGAACAACGGUGAUGUGACUUGCUCCCAGCGAGUGUACCUGCGGGACCUCCGUAAGAAUGACAUCACCAAAGGAAUGGAAAUUCAGGUGUCUGUGGUGGAGCUGCAUAGCCCUGGUAGGUUUUUCAUUCACGUCCAAAGCCCAGAGCUGGUUGAGGCUCUGAGAGCCAUUACUGUGGAACUGCAGAAGACCAACGGCGAGUCGCUAGGGACAGACUACAAACCCGACACCGGAGAGGUCUGUGCCGUCAAAUACUCCUUGGAUCAGAACUGGUACAGAGGUGUUGUCCAGUCUGUAGCUGCAGAUGAUGGAAAUGCUAAAGUUCUCUACAUUGACUUUGGAAACGAAGAAGACGUGACACUGGAUCGGAUCAAGCCCCUCGCUGCCAGCAUUGAACCCAUUCCACCAUGUGCUUUGGAGUGCAGCGUCGCCGGGAUAACACCGGUGACUGACAGCUGGAUGGGGGUGUGUUGCAUGGCUGUGAGACAGCUGGUGGCUGGAAAGAGCCUGACACUCACUGUGGUGGACACACAGGAGAAUGACCGCACCUACGCAGUGGACAUCCUGCUGAAUCCUAUCGGUACUGUAUCACAGGAAGGCUAUGGAAAACAGCUGAGCACCUUCCUCAUGGACCAAGGUUACGCUGUGAGGGAGGACGUCAAUAAGAAUCGCUCAGAACAGGACGUUGACUCCCUGGUGAGUGCGUCCUUGGAAAACUUCCGCCGCCAGUCAGUGGGUAAGAACGAGAACAUGGAGGCACAGCCACCUGACCCUCUGACCCAGGGACUGGGAGACACCUUCGCUGCCAUGGUGACGCACCUGCAGUCACCUUACGACAUCAUCUGUCAGAAACUGGACAACGCCAGUGUGAUCCAGGAGCUGCAUCUGAAACUGAGGGACCACUGCUCUCAGGCCCCAGCCAGCCAAAACUUCAGACCUGCCCCUGGCACAGUGUGCUGCUCCCUAUUCUAUGAGGACAACCAGUGGUACAGGGCCAAAGUGCUGGCCUACUCCUCUGAAGAGAAGGUGUGUGUAGGGUACAUUGACUUUGGCAACUCAGAGGAGGUGGAGCUGAGUCGCCUGUGUUCCAUCAGCUCUGAACUCCUAGCCCUGCCAAUGCAGGCCAUCCCUUGUGCCCUGGCAGGAGUGCGUCCCACAGCAGACGCCUGGUCAGAGGAGACUGUGCUGAUGCUCAGGCGGAUGGUGUGCAACCGAUUCCUGCGGGUAGAGAUCCUGGGCGAGCGGGAGGGUAUGGCACUGGUGGCCAUGAUCGACGAGGCCAGCGACCCCCAGGGCAAUGUGGCUGAGAUGCUGGUCGCCACAGGUUAUGCCUUGCCUUCCAACCAUCAGGACGAAGAGCCCACCACGAAGGGGCAGGCUGAAGUAGCCUGGACAGAAUCAUCUCUUGUGGCCAAGCCUGCUGUGGCAGAGAAGCUACAGUGGACAUGUGCUGAGCUUCCUACUGAGGGCCAGAUGGUGGCACUGGUGGUCAGUGUGAUGGAGAAUCCUGGAGAGUUCUACUGCUACAAAUAUAACCAAGAAGACCUGCAGGUUCUAGCGGAGCUGAGGGCUGAGCUAAAGCGGCACUGUGAGGUAGACAUCACCCCUUUCAGUCCUAGUGUGGGUGAGCCCUGCUGCGCUCUGUUCUCUGGUGAUGGGGCAUGGUACCGUGGUAUGGUGCAGGGUGUGUGGGCUGGCAGUAAAGCCCGGGUGUAUUUUGUGGACUAUGGCAACACCAGUGAUGUAGAACCAGCCCACCUCAGAGCGAUCACACCCGAGCUCCUCAAACACCACUUCCUGGCUAUCCGCUGCUGGCUAGCAGGUGUUGAGCCUCUGAGCCCCCAGUGGAGUGCUGAGUCUAUAGGCCGCUUCCAGGCCCUGUGUGUGGGCCAGCAGCUCCAUGCACGUGUCCUCUUCAUCACAGAGCGAGGCUACGGACUUGAACUGGACAGCAGUGGUCAAAACGUGGCCACCACACUGCUCUCAGAACAGCUGGCCAAAGCCCCUGGACAGAGCCAGGCCCAUGCUAAAUCCGCUCCCACUGUCCCUAAAAUCCCCCAGCAGAAGCCUGCCAUUCAGAGAGACACCACCACUAGUGUGGGACCACCCAAACCCGCAGCCGCCAAUGAAAAUGAGCCGCCCACUGAGAAGCAGGUCAAGAAAAACAAUCAGAGCAAGGCUAGUGCUCGGCAGCCGGCAAAAGUGUCCAUCCCAUUUCGGUCCGAUGGAACUGCAUCUGCAGACAAAUUCCCUCUGGACUGGAGGACGGUGGAGCUGCCUCGCAAUGAGACCUUCCAGCCUUGCAUAGCAGCCGUUGUCAGCCCCAGUCUAUUCUACCUUUUCAACCCCAGCCCCGUGUAUGUGGAGAGACUGCGGAGUGUGAUGAUGGACUUGGCUGUAUACUGCACCACCAAGGCCUUGCCUAGUCAGUGCAAACCCAUGCCAGGAGCUGCAUGCUGUGCCCAGUUUUCGGGUGAUAAGAAUUGGUACAGAGCCGUGUUCUUGGAGACCACAGAGACUGAGGCCAGUGUGAUCUAUGCAGACUACGGCAACUCCGAGAAACUCCCCUUCGCCAGCAUUCUGCCCAUCCCCACAGAGUUCCUGGAGCUCCCUUUCCAGAUUGCCCGCUGUGCCCUCACAGGUAAGGAGCACUUCCCGUCAGUGUGGCCCGUAGAGGUCCUGGAGCUUUUCAGUGCCCUGCUGAGUGAUGGAGUGCUGGCCUCUGUCCAGGACUUCGAUGGCAACUCCAACCUGCUGUCAGUCACCCUGCAAAUAGAGCGAGGCGGGGGCCACCUCAACACUAUGAUCCUAGAGGGGCUGCAGGGCACACACAGCGGCAGUGCCAAGACCUCCACCCCCAGACAAGAGCCAUUCCAGACCAAGAUCCCCAUCAUCGCCACAGCUCCAGUCACGCCGGCCACAGCUCCAGUCACGCCGGCCACAGCUCCAGUCACGCCGGCCACAGCUCCAGUCACGCCGGCCACAGCUCCAGUCACGCCGGCCACAGCUCCAGUCACGCCGGCCACAGCUCCAGUCACGCCGGCCACAGCUCCAGUCACGCCGGCCACAGCUCCAGUCACGCCGGCCACAGCUCCAGUCACGCCGGCCACAGCUCCAGUCACGCCGGCCACAGCUCCAGUAACUGUUUCAGAUUAUGCUGCACCGAAGAAAACCGAACCCAAGGAACCACAGAGCCUAACUUGCUCAAAGAGUGUGAAUGAUGAUGCCUCUCCAUGCUGCUGCCGGGACUUGGUGCAAAAGAUUGACCAACUGGAAGAGCACAUUCUGGUCCUCGUGAAGCAAAUAGGUGGAUGGUCAAAGUGACUGCCAUACACAACUCUAUGUUCUAGGAAUAUUCAUGAAUACGUGUAGAUAUUCAGUUUAGGUGAUUUAUGCUUUGCCGUUCAGUUGGGAUGUUCCCUCAAGGGUUUUUGGUGGGUGAAUGUUGCAUCUUGGCUGUGAGAAGUAUUUACAUUACGGAUAUAAUAUGUUGGGACAGCUCUCUUGAUCAGGACUUUGGUGUAAACUUUGGUUUAAAAUUGCUAAUCUAUUUGUUUUAGGUAUUGUUUAACUGAAAUGUAAUCAUAUUUUACACUUUCAUCAUAAACUAUAUCAUAAUUGUACUUUACAGAAGAUAAGCCAUCUUGGAAAUGUUAUUGUUUUGGGACCAUGUGGUCAACGCAUCAAUAAUGUUAGGUAUCAUAGUCUUCUUUUCAAUAUACUGUAACUGUAUCCAGAGUCCAGCUUUGAAUUCAGAUUCAAGCUUUAAGGUUGUUCCCAUUGCUCAAGUCACAGCAACAUUACGUGAUUAUGUGCCUGCCUUCUCAUUUAGUGUUCCACCAUCUGUUGAAGAGGCAUGGUUUGUCAUUUAGUGUUCCACCAUCUGUUGAAGAGGCAUGGUUUGUCAUUUAGUGUUCCACCAUCUGUUGAAGAGGCAUGGUUUCUCAGUUAGUUGUUUUAAUUAAAGUUCAGUUUGGGAUAUGGAAUGGCUUUGUGACAUUAACUGAAAGCAUUUACUGGAGUGGAUUUCUUGAUGGAUAACCAAACAGCCGGGGCACAGACUACAUGCCGAUUAGCAAUGUGUUUUAGUGCUUGAUCUAAGAUAAGACAACAAUUUAUUUUCCUAUGUGUGAAAUAACUUCGCUAGAUAUUUAGGCCCUCAUUUGCUCCUGGUAGAUCUCACUUUUUGUCAAAUUAUCAGUGUUAAUUUUAUGAGUUGAAGACCUUUAAAGGAGAAUGUUGCUACUUUUCAACCUACUCUGUAUUUUUGAUGUUAAUGGCAUGUUAUAAAGGGGUGA